AUGCGCCCGCAGAGAGAGAUUGCACGUGACUGGUGCCUGCAUUCCCCAAUCCUGCUGCUGUCUAGCGUACUCUUUCCCCAGCUUCCAGGCUUACCGGUACCGGAGCAGGAGCUUGCUGACAAGUACGGAGUCGUGAUAUCUACUUCGCAUCAUGAACCGAUGCAGCGAGCGAUGAAUGAGUGGUUUGAUGAGCCGUACUAUGGGCCAGAGCAGAGCUGGAGCUGGAUAAGGAAUAAAGAGAAGAUUAGCAAAUAUUUUGUUCAAGGGGCGCAACGAGCGACUCGUUUUGAGGGUGUGAUUACAAUCGGCAUGCGCGGUGAUGGCGACCGAGAGAUGGAUGGUGAGAAUCCACAAGAGCUACUGGAAGAGGUCUUGUCGACGCAGAGACGCAUCAUCAAAGACGUUUACGGAAGAGAAGACGCAGUACCUCAAGUGAUCGCGCUAUACAAGGAAGUGCAAGAGUACUACGAGAAUGGACUCGCAAUUCCGGAAGAUGUGACACUUCUCUUUGCCAACGAUAACUUCGGAACGAUUCGAAGGCUUCCAACUGACACAGAGCGAACGCGAAGAGGCGGUGCAGGGUUAUACCAUCACCUCGAGUUUGGCAUCAGCUCGUUCACUGCCCGCACCUUUGGGGCCGAGCUAGCGGCGCCUUCUACAGACCUCCUGCUCAAGUACGACAGGCUGAUUGCGCUGCGCAAACAUGAACAUAUUGCACCGGAGACCUUUUCGCUCAUCAACUAUUCAGAGGCGGACAAUAUUCUGUCCAGCUGGCAGGCGCUGCUCAACGACGCCGAAAUGCUAUAUACUCGAGUCCUCCCAGGUCUUAGACCGUCGUUCUUCCAACUUAUUCUACAUCCCAUCAGAGCAUCGCACAUCUAUGUGUCGCUCCAAAUAUGUCGCGCGAAGAACGCGCUUUAUGCGAAACAACGUGGCAAUACGGCAAACCAUUUUUUCGACAAAUCCAUAUCCCUCUUCAAGGCCGAUUUUCAGCUAUCUCAGGAGUACCACACGUUGCUCAAUGGGAAGUGGAAUCACAUCAUGCGACAGCCUCUCAUCUUGGAUUCAGCGGGUCAAGAAUCAAACCCCAUCGUUGGCAAUAUCGGUGUUGCUGUUGAAGGCACUGAAGGGGUAAGACCAGGAGUGUGCAAUGAAGAGAGCGAUCGCACGCAUCCAUCGCGAAGAGAUUUGGUACCUGGCGUUACAUUACCAGUCAUGGAGCCGUAUGGGCCAAAGUCGAGGUGA